UUCCAGAUACACAGAACUGGUCACCAUCCCCAGCCGGUGGGAACCUUGGGUCCGACGAAGCCAGCUUGCCUACUGGUGAGCCAGACCUGGCCAAUGUGUAGAGACGACAUCCAGACUUGAUGGCCUUCUUGAUGGCUAUCCAGGCCACCCCUGGACUUCCUUGAACCAACAGACCUUGAAGCCGGUUUCCUGCUCAUUGCUACCUAAAGACAUCUAACAUAUUGGCAGCUACGAAGUGCUAAGGCCGGCUCUGUCACUCUCCAUUUGAGGGAAAAGGGAGGGCCUGCACAUCAGAGUACAGGAGGGAGGCCUCAGGCUGCAGAGAGAGAGAGUACCCGGACACAUGAGAAAUACUGGAGAUACCAGGACAAGCACCGGAGAGAGUCAGGACAAAUUCCUUCCUAGCUGCCUGACCAUCUCCUAUGCCCCACCAUCACCGCCUCAGUCCCUUUUGCUAGCACAGCCACAGGCGGAACGCUUAAAUCCUUUCUGUGCCUCCGGAGGAGGAGAGUCAUGGGAACUUCCGGUGGGAGUUUCCUGCGCCCAGCGGAGCCAAUCCGUGGCGUGGAGUCCUGGGCAUUGGUCUCGCACAUCAGCACUCUGACUACAUUUCCCAGGCUGCACCGAGAGUAUCUCCUGUUUAAACAGGCCAAUCGGCGGCCGGCGGAGUCCGGCGCCGCGUUUAAACCGGUGUGGGAGACCCAGCUGGAUUUUAUGCCUUCCCGGUCAGAGGCGAGGGUGAACUCUGGAAGGAGGAGACGGCCGCGACGUGCCUUCGGCCAACCAGGGGGAGAGAGAGGUGAAGAUGGAUGCUGGUAGUAAGAAGGAAGACUUUCUUCUUUUGGAAGAUGAAAAGUUUGACUUCGAUCUUUCCUUGUCUUCUUCAAGCACAAAUGAAGAUGACGAAGUCUUUUUUGGGCCUGUUGGACAUAAAGAAAGAUGCAUUGCUGCCAGUUUGGACUUAAACCGCCGGGUUCCUGGGCAGCCUCUUGCCCCGGGCUCUGGCAGCCCUUGCACCUUGAGCCCUCUCACUGGGGAGAAGUUUGUGGAGGUGUACAAAGAGGCCCACUUACUGGCCUUACAGUUAGAAAGUCACAGCCGAAGAGAGGUGGCCCAGGCUGCCACGCCCCAAAAUCCUGUGAACCAGGGCAAGGAAACGUUUGUGCAGGACUCACAAUUAAAAGUAAGCCUCUUUGAAAAAGAACAGAAGAGAGACAAAAGUCCCAUGUCACUUAAAAGAGAGACAUUCUGCCUGCCAUCCCUGAGGGUGCAACCGCUCAUGGGGGAGCCCCAGCUCCUGGCUUCUCCAGGCCUGCUUAGCUCCCCUGUCCCAGUAGGCCCUGCUCAGACCCAGAGCAACCAGGGUCUGCCCUGUUCCUCUCAGCCGUUGCCAAGAGAAUCAAGUACCUCCCAGCCUCCAAGUCAGGCUGGGCCUCAAAAGAGGAUCACCAGCAAGCUCCAGCCACCCCGGGCUUUGCCUGUGAGAGGAAGAAACCUUCACCUGGCUACAGAGAAGCUCAAAAAAGAGGUGCCAGCCAGCCUUCAGAGGACGAAACUCGUGAAUGAAAAGGGAUCCCAGAGUGACGUGCUCCAGGACAAACCCAGCACAGCUCCAGAUGCUGCCGGUCGAGAAGGCCACCCAGGCAAGCGGUCACUCCCCAUUCCUGGCAAGUUGGGGCUAAAGAAGACCCUGUUAAAGCCACCUGGCUAUACUGGCAAUCUCACAAGGAAGUCCUCUACCUCAGGGUCUGCUUCAAGCCUGGAGUCUGGUGUCUACAGGUCUUCAGUAGCAGGCAAAGCAAAGUCCAGUGAACAUCGUUCAAGUAUUCCUGCUAGCGGCUCCCAGCGUCGGUCAAGCACCAGCAAGUCAGGCAGAAUAGGACCCGCCAAGUCACGCCAGGCUUUGCCAGCAGCCCCUGCCAGGGCGUUUGGCAGACAAGCCAAUAAGGCUGAUGCUGCCCAGACAGUGGCUGAGCAGCCCAAGGUCCCCACCCUGAGUCCUCUCACCCAACAACCCCACACUCCAGAGCAAAGAGGACCAAGGCUGGACCCCGACACCGAGACACCUCAGUUGAAUAAAACUGUCAGCAUAAAACGACGGGACUCCUAUCUGAGCUGCAAGACAGAGGCCGUGUCUACCACAACAAACCCAUUUAAAGUGCCCCAGUUUUCUGUUGGUGAGUCACCUGGCGGAGUAACCCCGAAGUUCUCCCGGACACAUCGGCUGCAGUCCUGGACACCAGCGAGCAGGGUGGUCAGCAGCACUCCUGUGAGACGCUCAUCAGGGGCUACUCCACAAGGCCUGCCCGGCAGUAUGAGGACCCCUUUGAGCACAAGACGGAUGUCAGUGUUGCCCACACCUGCCAGUCGGCGUCUCUCCAGCCUUCCAUUAAUGGCACCUCAGUCCAUGCCCAGGCCUCUGGUGUCCCCACUGUGUCUGCCUGCCCGGCGACUCUCUUCUGAGCCCAGGAGAAGAUCUACAGUCAGAGCGGAGCUGACACAGGAGAGCAGCGGCAGUGGCAGUGGUGGGCAGGCCCAGGGCCUGUCCUCAGAUGAGAGCUCUUCCCCUCCAUCCUCCGUGCCUCAAGCACUUAACUUUUCUCCAGAGAAGAGUGACUCUCCUCCUCCCCAAGGCGCCUCCACAGGAGCAGCUCAGGGUGAAGCAGAGCCUCCUGAAGACACGCCGCCCAGUGAGGUGCAUGGAGGUGGUUGCAGCCACAAGCCAUCUGAGGGUCUUCUCCUGGACCUCAAGCUGGACCAGCUCACCAUCACUCCUGAAGCAGGAGGCAGAGACCUGGCCGACUGCCCUCUCAUCGACUUCAGCAACACCCCUGAGUCGAACACGGCCUUGGGACCUAGCAGCUGGCCCCUGAUUGACCUCAUAAUGAACACUCCAGACAUGGGUAGAAAUGAUGUGGGGAAGCCUGCAAAGGCUGAGCUGGGCCAGCUAAUCGACCUGGGCUCCCCACUGAUCCAGCUGAGCCCUGAGGCUGACAAAGAGAACGUCGACUCACCGCUUCUCAAGUUCUGAGCAGCACACAGCCCUCUGUUGUUGAUUCUGUUUCCUUCUGAUGUGGCCUUAGACCUGGAGAAACAAGUUUUAGAAGGAAUUGUAUUUGACAGGGGGAAGCCCUUUAUACUGCUUGUGUCUGAGUGGUGGGGUCCCCACUACGAACCUAAGCCUCCCACCUCUGUGGCUGCCCUGAUCCCUGCCUUUCAUCAGGCUGAAACACAGCUCUCUAGAAAAUUUGUUUUGAUUCUUUUGUAUGUAAAAUAGCAAAUAACUGUAAACUUAAAUUUGUUUGAAAAUUAAAUAUUCUAGAUUUAAAUUAAAUUAUAAAGUGUAUUAAAGCAUGCUUGGAGUUUCCACUUGA